AUGUCCCUCAUGGUGGUGGCCUGUGGACACCUCAGCGCUCCCCCGCCUCCCCGGCGCUCAGGAGCCUUCCUCCCCAGCGCCCCAAAGCUACCCUCACGUGCUCUCAGCACCCCACUAGGCCAUCGUGCCCUGCCGCCUUCCCGCAGCACCCCAGGGCCCCCCCCCCACCUGAAUGUCCCGCACCAGACCGCUCACAGCCAGCAGGUCGCCUCCGGGGCCCCCAACACUGGGGUGCCGUUCCCUUGGCCCCCACCUUCUCUCAGCAACCCUUCCUACCGUCCAGAGCCCUCUGCUCCCACACUGGCCCCCAUAGUGGCCCCCACGCCGCCACGCGGCCCCCAUAACGUCCCCCACUCCCGGGUAGCCCCCACGCCGCUACUCAGACCCCUAGCCUCCCCAACUCCCGGCGGGCCCCCACGCCACCAGGCGGCCCCCAGUCCCAGCAGGCCCCCACGCCGCCAUGGGUCCCUCAUCCCCGGCAGACCCCCACGGCGCCACGUGGCCCUCGCAGCGUCCCCCACCCCCCAGCGGGCCACCAGGCGCCCUGCGGUCCCCACCGCCAGCGAGCCCCCACACUGCCAGACGGCCCCCGUAGGGUCCCCCACGCCGCCACACGUCCCCCACCCCCGGCGGGCCUCCACGCCGCCACGCGGCACCCCCAGUGUCCCCCACUACCGGCGGGCCCCCACGCCGCCACGCAGCCCCCGCAGCAUCCCCCACGGCGCUACGCUGCCACGCAGCCCCCGUAGCAUUCCCCACGCCGCCAUGCGGCCCCCACCCCCGGCGGGCCCCCACGCCGCCAUGGGUCCCUCAUCCCCGGAGGACCCCCACACUGCCAUGCGGCUCCCACCCCCAGUGGACCCCCACACCGCCACGCGGCUCCUGCGCCCACGCCGCCAUGGCUCGCUCAUACCCGGAGGACCCCCACACCGCCACGCAGCCCCCACUCCCAGUGAGCCCCCACGCCGCCACGAGGCUCCCGUAGCGUCCUCCACCCCCGGCGGGCCCUCACGGCGACCUGCGGCCCCCACUACCGACGGGCCCCCACGCCGCCACGCGGCCCCCGUAGCGUCCCCCAUGCCGCCAAGCGGCCCCGCCAUCAGUAGGCCCCCACGCCGCCACGCGGCCCCCACAGCGUCCCCCACCCCCGGCGGGCCCCCAGGCCGCUAUGGCUCCCUCAUCCCCGGCGGGCCCCCACCCCGCCGCGCGGCCCCCACAGCGUCCCCCACCCCGCCACGCGGCCCCCACAGCGUCCCCCACCCCCCGCGGGCCCCCAUCCCGCCGCGCGGCCCCCACAGCGUCCCCCACCCCCCCGCGGGCCCCCACCCCCGCCGCGCGGCCCCCACAGCGUCCCCCACCCCCCGCGGGCCCCCACCCCCGCCGCGCGGCCCCCACAGGUCCCCCACCACCCGCGGGCCCCCCACCCCGCCGCCCCACACAGCGUCCCCCACCCCCCGCGGGCCCCCACCCCCGCCGCCCCCCACAGCGUCCCCCACCCCCGCGGGCCCCCACCCCGCCACGCGGCCCCCACAGCGGCCCCCAUCCCCCGCGGGCCCCCACCCCCGCCGCGCGGCCCCCACAGCCGCGGGGCCCACGCGAGCCCCGGGGGCCGCUUACUUCCUCCGGGUCCUGGACAGCUCCACAGGCCCGCGCCGAAGCCAAGCGCUGAAGAGGUCGCCUCAGCUGCGCAGCCGGGAACCAAGAGGCCGAGCCUCCGCCGCGCGCGACGUUAAGGCCUCGAGGGCUUCCGGAAGCUCCCAGAAGCCCCCAGGCGCACACGAGAGAAAGUUCUCGGGGCGUCGGUGGAGCCGGCAGAUGAUUGGCUCGGGCGGGCACGUGACGCGGCAAGUGUUACUCUCUGUUGUUGGGUGCAAGCCUGUUGAUCGAUUCUACGUGUUCCUGGCUGAUUGA